GCCGGGGCCGGGGCCCGAGCACCGGGCGGAUCGCAAGCGGGAGCCGCAGCCAGAGCCCGGACCAGGCCGGGGUCCGGGACCGCAGGGCCGGGCUGCUCGUAGCGGUGGCAACGGAGCCCCCCAGCGGCUGAGGGGCUACCUCCCAAUUCCUGCCGGUGGCCGGGACUCAGCAAGCCCCCGCAGCCGGGGAGCGCGGGGAUCCCCCCCACCACCUCCAGGACCCAGAGACCCCCAAGAAAGCGGGAGACCCCUCCAGAUCCAACAGAAAGCGACUCCCCAGCUGGGGAAAGCGGAGACUUCCUCGGUAUUCAGAAGACAGUGACCUCCCUACGGUACGGCUAAGACUCCCCCUCUUCGAUCUGGCCCCCCCAAGACCUAGAACGCAGUGACCCCCCCCGUCCGGGAUUGCUGGGACACCCCCCCCCGGUCAAGAACCUGGUCGUUACAACUCCACACCUCAAGACACGAAGACCCAGCUCAGAACGCCCCUAGAUCAGGGGGUUCCUACACCCCCCAAAUUCCGGUACACAGGAACCCCAAAUCUAGGGAACUGAGGACAGCGCGAGAGCUAUCCCUCACCAGCAGGAGGCCUCGGGGCCCCCCUCAAAGCUCCAGGACUCGGGCGACCGAGCCCCUCGCGGCGCCCUUUGCAUCCCAGCCUAUGGUUGUGGCGCCCUGAGCCCCCCCGGGCCGGGCGGACGGAAACCGACACGGCGCCCAGGCCCCCCGCCGCGGCGUCCCCGCGGCCCCAGCCCAGGUAAGCCGGGCCCAGGGAGAAGAUGAGCGUGGGCUGCCCAGAGCCCGAACCACCCCGCUCCCUGCCCUGCUGUGGGCCAGGGACUGCCCCUGGGCUGGGUGCAGGCGUGCCCCUCCUCACUGAAGACAUGCAGGCACUGACCCUCCGCACGCUGGCCGCCAGUGAUGUGACCAAGCACUACGAACUUGUCCGGGAGCUAGGCAAGGGCACCUACGGGAAGGUCGACCUCGUGGCCUACAAGGGCACAGGCACGAAAAUGGCACUGAAGUUUGUGAACAAGAGCAAGACGAAGCUGAAGAACUUCCUGCGGGAGGUGAGCAUCACCAACAGCCUCUCCUCCAGCCCCUUCAUCAUCAAGGUCUUUGAUGUGGUUUUUGAGACAGAGGACUGCUAUGUCUUCGCCCAAGAGUAUGCGCCCGCGGGGGACCUGUUCGACAUCAUCCCUCCCCAGGUGGGGCUCCCCGAGGACACGGUGAAGCGCUGCGUGCAGCAGCUGGGCCUGGCGCUGGACUUCAUGCACGGGCGGCAGCUGGUGCACCGCGACAUCAAGCCCGAGAACGUGCUGCUGUUCGACCGCGAGUGCCGCCGCGUGAAGCUGGCCGACUUCGGCAUGACGCGCCGCGUGGGCUGCCGCGUGAAGCGGGUCAGCGGCACCAUCCCCUACACGGCGCCCGAGGUGUGCCAGGCGGGCCGCGCCGACGGCUUCGCGGUGGACACGGGCGUGGACGUGUGGGCCUUCGGCGUGCUCAUCUUCUGCGUGCUCACCGGCAACUUCCCGUGGGAGGCGGCGUCGGGCGCGGACGCCUUCUUCGAGGAGUUCGUGCGCUGGCAGCGGGGCCGCCUGCCGGGGCUGCCGUCGCAGUGGCGCCGCUUCACGGAGCCCGCGCUGCGCAUGUUCCAGCGCCUGCUGGCCCUGGAGCCCGAGCGCCGCGGCCCGGCCAAGGAGGUCUUCCGCUUCCUCAAGCACGAGCUCACGUCCGAGCUGCGGCGCCGGCCCUCGCACCGCGCGCGCAAGCCCCCCGGGGACCGGCCGCCCGCCGCCGGGCCGCUGCGCCUCGAGGCGCCCGGGCCGCUCAAGCGGACGGUGCUGACCGAGAGCGGCAGCGGCUCCCGGCCCGCGCCCCCCGCCGUCGGGCCCGCGCCCGCGCCCGCGCCGGUGCCCGUGCCCGUGCCCGAGGCCGGCCUGGCGCCCCCGGGGCCCCCCGGCAGGACCGACGGCCGCGCGGACAAGAGCAAAGGGCAGGUGGUGCUGGCCACGGCCAUCGAGAUCUGCGUCUGAGCCGCCUCCGCCGCCCUCGGGGCCGACGCGCCGUGCUCGCCCUGGGCCGGGCCGCCGGGAGCCGU